AUGACUGAGAUCAAUUAUCACAACGAACCAAAUCGAUCCGACAAGACACUCAUAGUGCGAAAAGAACAGCCCUACAACGCAGAACCAACACCCGCUGAUCUUGUCAAGCACUUUGUCACGCCUGAGAAAUACUUUUUUUGUCGAUCUCAUGGGCCUAUACCAGAAUUAAAUGAGGCUACCCAUCGUAUUCAUGUGGAGGGCCUUGGUAUAAAAGAUGCUCCCGUAUCGUUUUCUGUGCAAGACCUCAAAGAUAACUUUGAUAAAAAGAAUGUCAUGAUGGCUAUGCAGGGCAAUCGAAGAGAAGACUUGCAUAUGGUGAAGCAUACAGAAGGGGUGAUUUGGGGUCCUGGAGCGGUGGGAAAUGCCAUUUACACAGGAUGUUUGCUAAAGGACGUGCUAAAAGCAGCGGGUAUUGAUCCAUCAAUGGGUCAUAAUCCUCGCCUUCAUGUUGCUUUUGAAUCUGUGGAACUGACCGAAGAUGACGAGAAACCUUAUGGUGCAUCGGUGCCAUUAUCAAAGGCUUUAGACGAGUACGGUGAUGUACUUUUAGCAUACGAGAUGAAUGGCAAUCCUCUUGCAAGAGACCAUGGAUAUCCUGUACGGGUAGUAAUCCCUGGGUACAUUGGAGCUCGCUCUGUCAAGUUCCUUCAAACGAUACGUAUCCAAGAUAAGGAAUCAAACGCGUACCAUCAACAACUUGACUACAAAAUCCUUCCUGAACAUGUUGAGAAUGAAAAAGAGGCUGAAAAGUAUUGGUCCAAGGUACCAGCCAUAGGCGAGUAUAAUGUGCAAUCAUUUGUUUGCACCCCUCCAGAUGGCAUGAUGGAUGACAAUAAUGGCCAUCAAGCAGUAUCUUGUCAAGCGGAAGGUUAUGCCUUAUCAGGAGGAGGUCGCAGUAUCCAACGCGUUGACGUAUCAGGGGAUGAAGGUAAAACAUGGGUGGAAGCACAAUUGCAUACGCAACCAUUUGAAGAACGUGAUGGUGCCUAUACUUGGAGUUGGACAUUAUGGAAGGCCACCGUCAAAGCGCAUAAAGGUAUUCGCAUAAUGAGCCGUGCAGUCGACAGCGCGGGCAACAUUCAACAAGAAAACCCAGUAUGGAAUUAUAGAGGUGUCUUAAGCAAUGCAUGGCGAACCAUGGUGACACCAGCAGAAAAGGACAAGAGAUGA